CGUGCGGUCAGCUGGAUGCUUAGUUUACUGCCUCUGGUAGCUAAGGUCCUCGCUAGCCCAUGGGAAAGUGUUUUUGUCGGAGCUUUCGUUUUACACUGACUUCCCUUCUCCUGCUUAACAAAGAAACGGCUCAUGUUAGCUAGCUGACAUGGCUCUGCUUUUUAUUUAGUGUGGAUUUGAUGCAACUGACAGCUUGGAGCGUCCUGCUAGCUUAACAGCUAAGUUAGCGAGAUACACUGGGGAGAAGUAAGGUGAGGACAAGUGUCAUCAACCAUGGCAGGUGGAAUCACAGACACAGGGGAACCCUACUCCGCAUUUGUGGGGCUGGUGUACAUGUUCAAUCUGAUUGUGGGAACAGGAGCUCUGACCAUGCCCAAAGCCUUCGCUUCAGCCGGUUGGGUGGUCAGCAUAGCGCUCAUCUCCUUCUUAGGAUUUAUGAGCUACAUGACCACCACCUUUAUGAUCGAGGCGAUGGCGGCGGCCAACGCUCAGCUGCGCUGGAAGAGGAGAGAGCAGGAAGAGAUCGAUGACAGCGAUUCCACAUCUGAGUAUUCGGAUGAUGACGUCAUGGGCAGGGGUCGAUCAGAGCCGGAGACGAAGCCCAUCUUGUCUGUCCAGAGAUCAGGAGGUCACGUCGAUCAUUUCGACAUUGUCGAGCGGGUUGAGAUGGGUCAGAUGGCCUCCAUGUUCUUCAACAAAGUCGGCGUCAAUAUGUUCUACAUCUGCAUCAUAGUGUAUCUGUACGGAGACCUGGCCAUCUACGCAGCAGCCGUGCCUAUAUCGCUAAUGGAAGUUGCCUGUGGAAACCACUCGUGCAGCGCUGGAAGUGUGAAGUACAACGAUACAGACCCGUGCUGGGGUUCUGUCACGAGGAAAGACGCGUACCGGGUGUUUCUGAGCGUGUUCACUCUUCUGUUGGGGCCUUUCACCUUCUUCAACGCUCAGAAGACCAAAUAUCUUCAGAUUCUCACCUCACUCAUGCGCUGGAUUGCGUUCACCAUGAUGAUCAUCUUGGCUCUGAUCCGUAUCGGUAAAGGCACCGGCGAGGGCCACCCGCCGGUCGCCUCCCUCUCCGGCGUGCCCAACCUGUUCGGAGUGUGCGUCUACUCCUUCAUGUGCCAACACUCCCUUCCCUCCCUGGUGACGCCCAUCUCUGACAAGAAACACGUCGGCACCCUGGUGUUGGCGGACUACACCCUGAUCCUCGGCUUCUACGUCCUCCUCUCGUUCACCGCCAUCUUCUGCUUCGACAGCUCGCUGCUGCACGACAUGUACACCCUGAACUUCACGGACAACUGCAACGUGUUGGAUAUCCAGUUCCUGCGCUACUUCUUGGGCUUGUUCCCCGUUUUCACCAUCAGCACCAACUUCCCCAUCAUCGCCGUCACGCUCCGCAACAACUGGAAGACUCUGUUCCACCGGGACGGAGGAACCUACCCGUGGGUGGUGGACCGCAUCGUUUUUCCCCUCAUUACUCUGGUGCCCCCGAUCGUGGUAGCCUUCUGCACCCACAACUUGGAGUCCUUGGUGGGCAUCACGGGGUCGUACGCUGGCACGGGGAUCCAGUACAUUAUCCCAGCCUUACUUGUGUAUUACGGUAGACGCCAUCUGGAGCCCGUGAUGGGCAGGGAUGCCAUCAACAAGCACCGGUCUCCUUUCCGUCACACCUUCUGGGUGUGGUUUGUUGUUUUGUGGGCCGUCUUCUGCCUCAUGUUUGUCACAGCCAACAUCAUCCUGACUGACACCAAGAAAUGAGAACUCACUGUUCCAAGAACUUUCGAUUAAAAAAAAAUAUAUAAAUAUCUGUUUGGCCAGUCUCCCUACUCCUGUACACAAGGCCUUACUUGCUGCUGGUUGGACAGUGUGCCUUUUUAUGGGACUUUUGUUGCAUAUGUUGUAUGUAAUUAAGAGUAAUUUAUCAAAUUUGUUAAAAGGGACCAAAUGACAACUAUUUAUGUUCCAUUGUAAAAGCUGGAACAGUGCAUGACAAUAACAAACUUGGAAAGGGUCAUUUAUUAUAAGUAUGUUUUGUCAACAUAUAACUGACAGCCUGAGGUUUUCACAAGUAUUUGCACUUACAGUACACAACUUUUUUUAAAAAAAAAAAAACAUAUUUAAAGGGUUCAGUAUGCUUCAAACAAACUAAAGGCAGAAGUGUUUAUAGUUGUUCUGAAGGGAGACGCUCGACGGCGGGGUCAAAAGCUUGACCGUCGUGCUGUAGAUGACGCACAAUGAAUCAUUUGAACGGAGACACACUUUCAGACACUUUCUCCUGGAAGGCAUUCGUCGUGUCGCGCUCGGUCGUUCACACGGAAAGUGACAGAAGUAGGUGUGAAGAAAGACAGAUAGAAGAGCACUAGAGAGAGAGAAAGAGAGAGAGAGAGAGAGAGAGAGAGAGAGAGGUUGAAAUCCUGCAUAUUUUCUCACCUCCGUAUGUGUGGUUUUCAGGUUUCUGGAAGUUACAAAAAAAAAACUUGUGGGACUUAAGCCUGAGGUUAUUUCAGACUGCGUUUGACAAUCUGACAAGCACUUUGUUUGAAGCAUGCCGACGCCUCAAGACUUCUGUAGGUUGUCCGUUUUUCAGUACGGCUCAUUCAAAUCCCAAACUAUUGAGAGUGCUGAGUAAUCCACAGGACCUACAGAGCAAAUAAAAUAUAUCAAAGCAAUUGAAAGAGGAGAGUAGCAACAAGAAAAAAAGACGUCUCCCUGGCUUAAUAAUGAACUUGGAAUAACAACCAACAAACGAAUCAGGGAUGAUUAUUCUUUCGUGGCUGACGUGUAUCCAUCCCUCACCGGUUGGCUGACUCUGAUCUCGUCAUCCCCCCCUCCCCCACUCCUUGUGAACAAUGAAGCUCCGUCCGUGACAGAUCCACUGACAAAUAGGCCUCCAGGAUGAGCUCCAUCUCUGUUUAUCACCACACACACACACACACAGGGCAUGUCUCCCGUCUUUUACUGCUCAGCACCCGUUCAUGACUCUGUCAGCUUCAUACUGUAUCCAUCACACAUCCCCCCCCCCCCCCCCCUCCUCCAAACACCUGACAGGGUAAUAGUGAUCUGCAGUGUUCCAGCUUUGGCUAAAGGGAAGGCAUCUGUGGCCAGAAGUUAAACGUACUGAGCCGACUGUGACUGCGGAUCUUCAUACACGGACACUCUGUACUGUGGUUUAGUAACGCUGAUCUUCACUGACACUCUGGCAGCUUCCUUUUAUGAGUUGUGCCUGUUAAUGAAAUUCAUUAUUGCCCUUACAAAGAUAUGACUGUAUGUUUGUGUGUGUGUGUCCAUGUGAGUGAUUGAAUAGAUAUUGUUUGAUGUGAUUCUGAUGACUCUUGUUUGGAGUUGUGAAAUGUGCCUUUUUACAGGGUUAAUUUUUCUUGCCCUAAAACUUAUCGACUCUGCUGUUUUUUCUCGUCUUAUGAAAAGCUGCCUGACAACAUCUGCAUGUAUUUCAUUUAACUGUGUCCCCAAAUAUACUUGGGAUAUAAUCUAUAUAAUAAUAGAGAUUAUAUAGAUUAUAUAUCAGUAUAAUUUUGGGUGUAUAAUCCUUGUUUGUUUUUUUAUUUCUGUUCUUUUUUUUUGUUACAUGGUUUUUUUCCCCUCUCUUGUAUCUCUGAGAAUCUUUUCUAUUUGUUUGGCCAGGUUGUGAUCAGAUCAUUGAUAUGGAUGUUUACUGCUUUAAUGGAUGUUCUGUUUGAUUUUUAUGAUUCACAAAGAAAAUAAAUAAAGGCUUUAUGUUCA